AUGACGGACGCGCAGGUGGCUGAAAGGCGAGAGGCCGACGAGACGCACGGAGAAAAGACAAAACUCACCCAAUAUGCAAUAGGUAGAGAAAUCGGUUUAUUAGACUUCCGGGAGGUGCUGACGGCAGCCGGGCCCGGGGGUCGCCAGCCGCGCCGCGACAGCCUCGACAGCUCCACCGAGGCCUCCGGCUCCGAUGUGUUCCUGGGCGGCCGCGGCGGCGCCGGCGACUCCCGCGUGCUGCAGGAGCUGCAGGAGCGACCGAGCCAGCGGCAUCAGAUGCAAUACCUACAGCAGAAAGGAGUUGAUACAAAGUUGAAGUUCACUCUUGAGCCGUCUUUAGGUCAAAAUGGUUUUCAGCAGUGGUAUGAUGCACUCAAGGCAGUUGCCAGACUAUCAACAGGAAUACCAAAGGAAUGGAGGAGAAAGGUUUGGUUGACCUUGGCAGAUCAUUAUUUGCACAGUAUAGCCAUCGACUGGGAUAAAACCAUGCGCUUCACUUUCAACGAAAGGAGUAAUCCCGAUGAUGACUCGAUGGGAAUUCAGAUAGUCAAGGAUCUUCACCGCACAGGCUGUAGCUCUUACUGUGGCCAGGAGGCUGAGCAGGACAGGGUUGUGCUGAAGCGGGUGCUGCUGGCCUAUGCCCGAUGGAACAAAAAUGUUGGGUACUGCCAAGGCUUUAACAUCCUGGCUGCGCUAAUUCUGGAAGUGAUGGAAGGCAAUGAAGGGGAUGCCCUGAAAAUUAUGAUUUACCUUAUUGAUAAGGUACUUCCCGAAAGCUAUUUUGUCAAUAAUCUCCGGGCAUUGUCUGUGGAUAUGGCUGUCUUCAGAGACCUCUUGAGAAUGAAGCUUCCUGAAUUAUCUCAGCACCUGGAUACACUUCAGAGAACUGCAAAUAAAGAAAGUGGAGGUGGAUAUGAGCCCCCACUUACGAAUGUCUUCACGAUGCAGUGGUUUCUGACUCUCUUUGCUACGUGCCUCCCUAAUCAUACUGUUUUAAAGAUCUGGGAUUCAGUCUUCUUUGAAGGUUCGGAAAUCAUCCUAAGGGUGUCGCUGGCUAUCUGGGCAAAAUUGGGAGAGCAGAUCGAAUGUUGUGAAACAGCAGAUGAGUUCUACAGCACCAUGGGGCGCCUUACCCAGGAGAUGCUAGAGAAUGAUCUUCUGCAAAGCCAUGAGCUCAUGCAGACUGUUUAUUCUAUGGCUCCAUUCCCUUUCCCACAAUUGGCAGAGUUAAGGGAAAAAUACACCUACAACAUUACACCAUUCCCAGUCGCAGUUAAACCCACCUCAGUUUCUGGACGACAUGGUAAGGUCAAAGACAGUGAUGAAGAGAAUGACCCAGAUGAUGAAGAUGCUGUUGCUAAUGCAGUGGGAUGUCUUGGACCUUUCAGUGGGCUCCUGGCACCUGAACUGCAGAAGUACCAAAAGCAAAUUAAAGAGCCAAAUGAGGAGCAGAGUCUGAGAUCGAAUAACAUUGCAGAGCUGAGUCCAGGAGCAAUCAAUUCCUGCCGGAGUGAGUACCACGCAGCCUUUAACAGCAUGAUGAUGGAACGCAUGAGCACGGAUAUCAGCGCACUGAAGCGACAGUACUCGCGCAUCAAAAAAAAGCAACAGCAGCAGGUCCAUCAGGUGUACAUCAGGGCAGACAAAGGGCCGGCAACCAGCAUCCUCCCGUCUCAGGUAAACAAUUCUCCAGUUAUAAACCACCUUCUUUUAGGAAAGAAGAUGAAAAUGACAAACAGAGCUGCCAAGAAUGCUGUCAUCCACAUCCCUGGUCACACAGGAGGCAGAAUAUCUCCUGUCCCCUAUGAAGACCUUAAGACGAAGCUCAACUCUCCGUGGAGGACUCACAUCCGAGUCCACAAAAAGAACAUGCCGAGGACCAAGAGUCAUCCUGGCUGUGGGGACACCAUAGGGCUGAUAGAAGAGCAGAACGAGAGCAAGACCAGCCCUCCGGGGGCAGCAGAGCAGUUUUCCUCCAGUUGCGCAGCGACCACUAGAAGAGAAGGCAGCGGCGGGAGGACAAUUGAAGGGCAGUCUCCGGAGCCAGUGUUUGGAGAUGCUGAUGUGGAUGUGGCUGCGGUGCAGGUGAAGUUAGAAGUCUUGGAACUGAACCAGAGGGAUGCCACCGCCGAAUCUGAGCCCAAGGUGCACCCACCCUGCCAGCAGCUUCUCCCAGAGCCACCUGAUGUACCUGGAGAAAACAAAGCCACCAGCAAACCUACCCAGGGUAGCAACUCAAAAACCCCCCUCUUUAGCCCUUUUCCCAGUGUCAAGCCACUGCGGAAAUCAGCCACUGCCAGGAAUUUGGGAUUAUAUGGUCCCACAGAAAGAACACCAACUGUGCACUUUCCUCAAAUGAGCAGGAGCUUCAGCAAAUCUGGCAGUGGAAACAGUGGCACUAAGAAACGAUGAUGUCGCCUUGAAACUUUGUGUCUAGACUCAGCUUUUCCUGGCAGUAUAAGGGUUCCAGCUGAAAGGCUCCAAAAGUUUUAUUUGUCCAAUUAAAACGAAAAGAUAGGUUCAGAGAUGAGCAACAAAGGUGGGAAUUAGAAGUUUUAUAAUGAAAGCUAGAAUAGGGAUGUUUUCCCAUCCACUUGAUAACUGAUGAAGUGAUUUCUUGUGGCAAAAUAAAUAUUGUGGAUUUAAAGUGUGAAAUUUUCACAAGUUUUUCAUUGUGAACUGUAUGUCUAAAGGGCCGUCCUGUUCUGAGGGCCAUCAGGGUCCCUGUGACAGCACCCCCAAACCUUCCGGUUCUCUGGGUGUUUCUUAUAUUCAAGCAUGCACACAUCAGCUCGCUACAACAGAAACUAUAACAGAAAAGUAAGUUUCUUUGUUGCAAAAAAACUUCCCAGUUUUCCUCUUCUUGCUCUAUUGGGGGGAUUGUUUUUGUGUGUUUCUUUCAGUACAAGUCUCUAAAUUAUUUUUUAUUAUGCUAAAACAUAGGAGAAAAACCUAGAUAACUUUUCUUUAAUGUUCUAUUUCUACCUGCAAAAUGAAGAAAACCUUUAACCUGUUAAAGUUUAAGUUGGUAACCAACUUGACGAUCUUAUGCAGAGAACACAAAUGGGAUAUGCAUUAAGCAGUUGCUCUGAACAGCUUGCUAUUUCCACCAAGCUUUUCCCGAGGUUUCUUCUCUCCUCUUAAGGAGAGCUUGGGUCCUCCGUGGUACAGGUGACUCGGGCUCCCCAUGGAGCGCCUCCUGCCUCCUCUGCCAUGCCACUCAUUUAGCCACCACCAGCUCUCCACUGCAGACGCACCAGGCUUCUCAGAAGCCAGAACCCAGCACCUGCAACUCUCUUACUUGAAUUUUGUGCUUUUUUCAUUAGAGCACUUUGUUGAGUACUUUGUUACUUGAACACUGACUUUCUCCAGAAAAGGCUCCCAGUGCUUUCUAGCUCUAUCUCAUCCAUUUCUGCUCUGGUCCCAGCGGGUCAGAGAUAGCAGCUCUUGUCUCCACUAUGCAGAUGGGAACUCUGAGCCACGCAGAGGUGAAGUAGUACUUCAGUUACUCCAAGUAAAAACUGCUGUUAUUGCACCUGACUUAGACACAUUUCCUCCAGUGCAAUAGGCAGGUUUAAUGUUCUUUGUACACAGAUGCAUUGGCUACAUAGACUGUAAACACCUAGACUGGGAAGCCAUUCACUACACUCCCUCCUGACUCAAAGGACCCUUCUCCAGAUGGUAGAGUCCUGUGAGGUCGUUUCACAAAACCAGACUUGAGCUCCUUAUCCUGAAAAUGUAGCUCAUUUUAAAAAUGCUCCAUGCACCUCUCAUUUGGCUGAACAAAAGUCUCACUCCUCAAACCUCUUCUCCCCACCAUCUUUAGAUGAAUAGACUCAGCAUCUUUAUCUUUAUCUCUGGAAGACCUUGGCUAUGCUUGCAGGAAUAUUGAUGCCGUCAAUAUUAACUUAAGUUAAUUGGAUUGCUAAUUCUGAACCAAAACUAUAGUUUUAGAGAGGGCUUUUACUAUGAUACUAAUUUUUAAAAUAAAAUAGAGAAUGUGGUUAUGUGGAUUUUUUUUUGUGAAUAGAAAACACAAGAGUGACAUGUAGAGUGAGAAAAGCCAUUUUAUCCCCAUUCGUGGUAUUUUUACCUCCAAUGGAAGUGAAGAUGGGAAAUAUGACUAAUAAGCCAUCGCAGUUUGGGUGUUGGUUUCUGUUCCAUCUGAAGUUAGCAAGCAGCUUCUUAAAAAGCAGCACACCCAUGGCCCAUUUCUUGGGAAGGGUGUAGGUGGAGAGCUGGGCUUGCAUACAUGCCCAGAGUCGAGACCCACUGCAUUUUCCAAAGUUAAGCAAAUGACAUGGUUUUCUUUCAUCUGCUGAACUUUGCAGAUAAGAAUGAUUCUGCCUCAUAUUCUUUUUUUUCUCGCCCAUCCCCAAAUGAAUCAGAAUAGUCAUGUUUCCCUUGAGGGACAUCUGACUGAAUAAAGAAUUGUUCUUUCCUCUCUUGAGUGAGCUCGCCAGCUCCUUGAGGGUCUGGAAUCAGAGAGGUGGGUAAUGAGGUGGAGACCGCUUACUAACUGUGCCAUUGCCGUCUACCACCUGUCUCAGUGUCUGCCGGCGGCACAUUGCUGUGUCCUGUAAAUUUCCUCAGGGCUGGUCUUCCUGAGAAAGAGGGGGAUGGCUGAGAUGGCACAUGGUUUGGGAUACGUAUUUAUUGAAUGAAUGAAUAACUGAAAGGAGAAUAGUCCUUUGAGGUAAAAAUGACCUUAUCAGAAUUUUAAAAAUCCGACAGGUUCCUGUUAAAGCACUCUCUAUACCAAUAACGUGCAUGCAUUGUACCAAGUAAUCACAAUGUGAAUUGGUUAAUUUAUGAGCCUUGCCUACUUUAGAAAAUAAAGAAUUUGAAGUAGUCUCUACCACACAGCAUGCACAAAGACCAGUAUGGACUUGCUAUCUUCCUACGUAUUGGACACUGUAUGCAAACACCAGAAGUACUUAACAAGUAGCAGUUUCUUGAUUUUUAGAUACGUCUGUACCCUCCCAGCACUUCUGAAUCAUUCCAAUGCCUCUGCACUUUGGUCCAUUUACAAAAGCCUCCAGAUCUAAACGUAGUUUGUAAUGUCGACCUAUGGCCUGUAACUGUUCAGAACACUGUAUUCCUUUUUUUGUCUCUCUUAUUGUUCUGAGGAAUUGUACUGGUUACAAAGAUAUAUGCAUAAAGAUUCUCAUUGUUGUAA